UUCUUCCUCUCUCUCUCUCUCAUUCCUCUGUGCUCAAUCCGUGCAUCCCCUCCUCCUCCUCCUCCUCCACCACCACCUCACACCUUUUGGUCAGAAGAGGAAGAGGAAGCCCAGCCCAGGGAGAGAUGCUGAAAGGAUGAAACUCUGACACGCCGACAGACCACAGGGAAACAAGAGCACAACUAUAAUUGCUAGAAGGAAGCACCCAGGAAGGUCAGCCAAGAACCUCGCUGUAGGUGCCAAAGUGAAAUCUACAGGACUACAAUUACUUGGACAGACUGAGGCAGCAGAGCAAAGUGAAUGACAGUAAGCGACUGGUAUAACGAGUGGACGUCUGUUGUGCAACAACAAGUGAUUUCUCCUCUUACCGACACCUCCGAGCUCCGCCCUCUUUGACAGGUUGUAUCUGACGGAGGGACCGGUGCCGCGCUCCCAUCCCCGCGCUCCUUCAGCAACAACACUGAUUCAUCAGCACCUGUGCCAACAGCAGCGAGUCGAGUGACCCAGCUCCAGGCCGACCGGCUUCACCUGUACAUGGAGACCCCCAGCUGGGCAGGAAACACGUUGUGUAAGUCAGGAAGCAUUGCUGUCUUCGGGAACGUGGUGUACAGCGGACUGCUGAACGAUCACCUCUGGCAUUUGGGAGUGCCCCUCUUUACAAGACUGGGUAACCAAGAGGCCACCAACCCCCCAGAAGCGAUGGCCCAGCCGUACACCCCAGCCCAGUACCCGCCUCCCCCACAGAAUGGCAUUCCCGCAGAGUUUGCGGCACCUCACCCGCUCCCGACGCAGGACUACACCGGGCAGAGCCGGGUGCCCGAGCACGCCAUGACCCUCUACACGCCCACACAGACGCACAGCGAGCCGGCCGGCACUGACAACAGCACGCCCGCCACCACGACCGCACCGGUCAGUGUCCUUCACCACCUGCAAACACUGUUCUCAACACGCUGUCAGCAAACAGAUGAUGUGACGCAAACAGAGGGCUCUCAGCAGCUCCAGCUCCAGCACUCAGACUCUUCAGAGAAGCAGCAGCCCAAAAGGUUACAUGUCUCCAACAUUCCCUUCCGCUUCCGGGACCCUGACCUAAGGCAAAUGUUUGGGCAAUUUGGAAAGAUUUUAGAUGUGGAGAUUAUCUUUAAUGAGCGAGGAUCCAAGGGCUUUGGGUUUGUAACUUUUGAAACAAGCACAGAUGCCGAUCGUGCACGGGAGAAACUAAACGGUACAAUCGUAGAGGGACGCAAAAUAGAGGUGAACAACGCGACAGCACGAGUGAUGACAAACAAAAAAGUGGCCAACCCGUACACGAACGGCUGGAAGCUGAAUCCAGUGGUCGGAGCUGUCUACGGUCCUGAACUGUAUGCCGUAACAGGAUUUCCCUACCCUGCCACAGGAGCUACGGUGGCCUAUCGGGGUGCCCACUUGCGGGGACGGGGACGGGCUGUGUACAACACAUUCCGCACAGCUCCACCUCCACCACCAAUCCCAGCUUACGGAGCGGUGGUGUACCAAGAUGGCUUCUACGGCGCAGAGAUCUAUGGUGGCUAUGCAGCAUACAGAUUUGCCCAACCCACCACCACCGCUGCUUACAGUGACAGCUAUGGCAGAGUCUAUGCAACAGCAGACCCUUAUCACCACACGAUUGGCCCUGCAGCCACAUACAGUGUGGGGACCAUGUAAAUACAAAAUGAAGAGCUGUACUCAGUAUUGAUGGACAUCACAGAUGAAAACAACGAAGAGAGGAGAACUAGCUUUAAGAAAAUAACAAAAGAAGAAGAAGACAAGGAGGAGUCCCUCUACUGAGGCUGGCGAGGAAAGACGGGAGGCGUACAAAGUGGCGCCGCGGCAGUGGUGUCAAACCAGCCACAAACUUGACAGACGGAGUGAGCCAGUUUCCACCAGGGACCACCUUUUUGCCGGGUAGAAAAAGACAGAGAGAGAAUGAAAAGUGUCCCGUUAUUAUAAAACAUUUUAUUUUUCUAUACUUUUGUGAUUUACAAUGGUAAAAAAAAAAAAGUGUGUAUAAAGCAGUAUAUAUGUACAAAUCUGUUUUUAUGUUUUUUGGUAAGGGAGAUGAACAGUUGGCCCUUGAUGCUGAUUCUGUGGUAUGCAGGAAGGAGGAGGGAGGAGCCCCGCCCCCCCUCCUCUCUCUGUGGCACACUGCUCUGUCGCCGAGGUCGUGUUUGAAGAAAAAAAAAAAAAGUUACAAAACAAAAACAAAACAGAAAAGGUGGCAGGGAGAGCUCGGCAUCCAGGCAGAAGCACUUUCUAUGCUGUACUUCCUGUGGGUGGAGUCAAAGGUCAACCUCCUGGUCUCACUGCUCCGCCUUCUUCCUUCCAACCUCCCCAAAACUCCUUCCUUCCUUCCUUCCUUCCUUCUCGGGCCGGUGAUGACGCUCUUUCCUCCUUGUUGCGGUGUCACUGGCCUGCAGCGCCUAGCGUUAGCAGCGUCCCCCGUGGAUACUGUUGUGAUGUCACUUCCUCCCGGCAGCACCAUUGGGCAUCCCCGCCCUCCCCAAUGGGCAGCAUCACUGGUUUACAGCGUUGGGGAGUGGGGGGGGUGAGCCACGGCGGGACGGUGAGACGGUGUAAAGCCGAGCCUCCCCGUCUGCCCCUCUCCACGCCCCAGCAGAGGUCACUGACUAAGGACUAGUUAGAGAACACGGCGCGGAAGUCGCCGACUUUACUCACCUGCCAGACUCCGAGCCCAAGCCUUUGCGUCACUCCGCACCGACGGACGAACUGUCAGACCAACGCGACGACAAGGUGCGUACGACUACCAAGGAUGCACGUUUCCACCUGACGAGAAUAACUCAUCGACGUCCAUGUAACAAAUUGAAUUAUAAUCGAAUAAUCCCAUCGUACUACAUCAGCAGGUGCAUAACCAAAACACAAGCCUGAGGCAUAUAGACUUAUGUCGCUAGAUAAAACAUAUAGAAAUACAGUAGUGCCCAUCCAACGGUAAUCGAGGAACUAGGGCUGAAAUAUGUCAACUUUUCUUUGUCCGUGUAUUCUGAGAAUAUUUAUUUGUGUGUUUUUUGUAUUUUUUUGCAGCACUGAAAGUUUUAAACAGGAAAAAAAAAAAGUUUUAAUUUGGUGGAAGCGAAACCUUAAUUCUUUAUAUCAGGAAAAAUCACUGUAAACGUGUUAAAUCAAGAAUGUUGGUUCAGUUUUUGAAUGUACUUUAAUGUCUAGGGUGUCCAAUAAGUAUGUAUUCUUUUUCUGUAUAUAAAUAUAUAUACAUAUCUAUUAUAUGGGCUGUGGUGAUGUCAGGGAAUAGAGGGGGUGGGCAGGAAAGCCUCUGGCCCCCAACAUAGAUAUCAGACCCCUCCCACUAAAUAUGUCCCUGAUAUUUACUGUAACAUGUGAUCAUGUGUUAUAUGAUUGAAAGUGUGACGGUGAUAGUGUGAACUGAUCUCCCCCGACAUCGCCCCCGAAUCCCACGUUUACCACACAAGCUAAUGUAUACUGUGCACAAACACACACAGGUUAACAACACAGGCAGGAUCACACACACACACACACACACACUCCCCAAACUGCUUUUUCCCUCUUUUUUUGUGCCCCACUCUGAGCAAAACACCACAUCCCACUUUCAGACACUUCACAAAAAGAACCACAUCUGCGCGCUAAUUCCGGCCGCGCUCCAGCACUCGCUAAUUAGCGCGAGGUUUAGUGGGAUAAAAAGUUUAUGAAUAUUGAUUUUUCUUUUCUUACUUGAACCAAAGCAUGAUUCGAACACACAGUCUCAGCGCUCUUUGAUCAGGAGACAGCGGGACUCGGCGAUGACGGCGGAGCCCGGACGUGUAUUGACGUGACCCAGAUUUUAAUCGCUCAUCGCCGCCGAGGUAGAGCUCGCUCUCCCGCUAGCGUAACGAGCCUCGCCGAUGAAGCCCGGCUCGCGGCUUCCUGCGGCAGCUGCCUCGGUUUAUGAGCCGCUGUUCUGGCGCUGACCCUGGUGGGCGGGCGGUUUUAUUGCGUAUUGGAAACAACCUGCUGGCCCUGAGGAGAAACUUUAUCAGAGGCGAGCGGGUUCGGGUGAAGCACAACUUUGUUUGAGAGUUCAGGGUACACUACUUGGUAGUGGUUUUGUGUGAGUUGUUACAAGAGGGUAAGACUAGGUUAAGCUCCUGACUUCCUGUACAAAACUACAGUGUGUACUGUUAAUAUCCUGUACAGUAAAUCUCACCUCACACUUCUUGAUUAACUUCAUCUUAUUUCAGGUUAAAAAAAAAAAAGUACUUGUUCUAAAUCAGGGCUCCUACCCACGCGACCUCUGUUCAUCCGUAGACAGCUUCUCAUAUAUUACAGAGUAUCUAUAUCAUGCCAACUAACUGUCGUGAAGUCUAAUUGGGGUAAAGUCGGUCAUUCGUUCUCCCAUGCAGCGAUCACACGCAGGCUUAGCGUCUUCAUACCUGUAGGUUUGUUUCCGAGAGUCACGCGGUUCCUCUGGCCUACUUACGGGACGACAGCCCGGCGGUAGGUCAGAAGCAACGCAGGAGCAGGCUGGAGUUUUACUUCGAUGGCAACUUUGUGGAAAGCAGAGCUUCUCUGAAAGGAAAAAAGGGGGGGAAACCUAAAUGGUCACUACAUGAUCAGCAGCGAUAAAGAGCCACAGUUUGUCGUUUGUUUUUUAACGAACUUUAGGUUUUGGUCAGACGUUCGGAUUUUGUCCACUGAAAUAUCUAUGCAUUCUGCAACAAGAACACUUGAUGUCAUGUGUGAUAGGCACAUUCUGGGUAGACAGCACUUUUCUCUACUUCUUCUAGUCGACUCCUAGCUGAUAAAACCUAAACGGAUAACACUGGUAUUAUUAUGCAUUUUAAUUUUGUCAGCAAAUCUCAACACAAGACAAAAAAAAGUAACUUUGUUUCUGAUUUUUCUUGUUUUUCUCACUUCCACUUUGACUGUCUCUUGGUUUAUAGUGAAGACAAAUCUAUUAUGUGUGAUUCGCAUAUUUAAAAAACUCGCAUCGAUCGUAUCCUGGCUCGUUACGCCGUUUUGGCGCCUUUAGUCUUAAAAUCCUACUUUUUGUUCUGAUUGGCUCCCAGAGCUUCAGGCGAGGGGAGAUUCUCGAGACGACCGUGUAAGGAGAUCCGACGCUCACAGGGAUUACAACAACACACGUUCGCCUAAUUAAACGAAGGCUUCAGCAAUCUCUCACAUAUAUGAUAUAAAGCUAAAAUAAGUCCCCUUUAAAACCGAGGAAGCAGCUGGCCGCUAUACUUUUUGUAAGCAUUGCUCAAACUGAAGUGCAUUACUUAGGGACUGUUUCCAGCAGCUGAUUAAUCCACCUUUGGUGCUCUGGUGAGUAUUUGUGGCAGCAGAGGUGUGUGUGUGGGUUCAGGUCAGAGCAAACUAUAGCGUGUGUUUCCGUGGUAAUCAAGGACAACAGCGUGGCUCCCUGCUGGGAUUUUAACGGUUUCUGGCCAACAAUGAAGCUCUGCAGACACAUCUGACACACACUCACGAUACUACACUGCACCUCUGCUCAUUUUAUUGCAUUUGAUGUCAGAGGUCAAUAUAUACUAUUUCUACGGGGCGACGAUGCAGACGCGUGUAAUAUAUUAGGCUGCCACGGUUUCAGUUCUUAACUGCUAACUUGAAUUUUUACAGUACAGUGGGUCACAGUCAGUAUAACCGUCUCUCUAGUUUUUCCUCUGAACAAUAUUAGUCACAGUAGUCGUCGUAGUUUUAGUAAGAGUAGUUCGGGAUUUCGUGCAAUUCUCUUUAGAGUCCGCUGGAUUUUUGAGGCCGGCGCUCACACCAGUGUUUAGGCAGCGGGACGUUCUGAUGAGGAUUUAUAUGGGCCAGUAUUCUUUUAUAGAUAUGUAAGUACACAGUAUUUUAGAGCGAUAUAUCAAAUAACUAACGACGUGGUCACCGUUCAGUAUUCCAGCAAUGUAUUUCAGAAACACUUUAGCAACUUAGACUAGAGACACGCCUCGACUCCAUGAUGCUGCUCUGCUACAUGUGCUGCAAACGGCGUCGGCGCCCCUCCGCUGGGAAAACCGAGCGAUGACUCCAUUUAGAAAUUAACCCGACCCGCUUUUUUUUCUACCUUGUACUAAAAAAAAUAAAACAAAACAAAAAAAAAAGUUUUACAAAGAAUGAAAAGAGUUUUUACGUCACACUGGACAACUUACAUGACUAUGAUGAGCAAAUGUCACUAAACCAUCGCUAAAUCUAAUGACGUGUUCAGACCAAUUUUGAUACACACAGUCUAUGCAAAAGGUGCGAAUUCAAACCGAUUUGCACCGGGUGAGGCGAAAAUAGAGGCGAAUAAACAGCCGCGGGGUUUCAGCGAGAAAUUCACUUCGAGCUGUGCUGUUAAAGCCGAUCAGCUGCUUCCCCUGACUGAGCAUCCGGGAGAUACGAGGGGAGGAAAAGGAAGAGUUUGGUUUCUGGAACCGGGCGUCCCAUCGGUCGCUGGGGUGAAUAUUUAGGGGUUGCAAAACGAUCCAAAACCAGCAACCGCAUUCAUGAGAGUCACACAAAGUGAACUCUGUUUCAUGUUUGGUCUGAACACCACGUUAGAGCCGCAGCUUCAAGGUAAUCUUCACCUGCAUUCCUGCCCAUUAAAGCAACGACACUACACGUGUGCACACAGCGUGGGUACAUCGCUUCCUCUUUAGCAUUCGAGCGUGUAAACAGCUUCACAGAUGACUUUUGGCCAACUUUUGAAUUAUCUUGAAAAGAAAAAAAACAGACGGAGUGAGAGAGAAAAUGUUGUCCUUUAUAACUUUUUGCUGGUACGUGUAAAGAAUAGAGCUCAUCCUGCUUACGGGUAGAAUUCUGUCCUAGUAGCUUUCAUUGCAUGAAGUUAUCUCGUCACAUUUUCUGACUGAGAACAGCUCCUGUGAACAAAGCUUCCUUUAAACGUGCUCGCCAAGCCUCACGGGAGCUGUGCUCGAACAGUU